AUGUCAGAAGUCCUUACUGUAGAAGCUAUUUUGUUUGGGCUCUUGGUUUUUUCUGGCAUCCUAGGAAACAUCCUGAUCAUCCAUGUGGUGUUUCAGUCAGCCGGUGAGAGUCCGUCUCAGAGACUCCCUCCUUCUGAUAGUUUUUUGGUGCACCUGUCGCUGGCCAACCUGCUUACCUCACUUUUCCGCACAGUGCCCAUCUUUGUGUCAGAUCUGGGCCUGAAUCUGUCUCUGUCUCCAGACUGGUGCCGAGUCUUCAUGCUGCUUUGGGUGUGGUGGAGAACUGUGAGCUGUUGGCUGACACUAUCACUUAGUGUCUUCCACUGUACUACCCUGAGACGGCAGCAAGUGAACUUUGGACCUUUUGCGCAGCAGAGGGAUAGGCGGCGGGUAUGGAUUGUUCUGGGCUUGGUGUGGGGGGCAACCCUGGCUUUCUCUGUUCCAGCUCUUGUAUAUAGUACCCGUGCUUACGGCAACACCACAGUGGAGCUGAUGGUGAUCAGCUGCACUACCAGGCCUCUACUGGGCUGUGUCUGGCAGUUCCCCUCUAAAGAACUGGGCUCAGCCUUUGCCUCUACUUCACUUGCGCUCAAUGAGCUGCUGCCACUGGUGAUGAUGGUUUGUACUAAUCUGGCCACACUUCACUCUUUGAUCAAGCACAUCAGAGCUGUCACUUCAGGGAGUGAGUCAGGUGGAGCGCUGGACAAACAGGUGAUCAGUGAACGCAAGGCAGCUCAUGUCAUCAUGUCACUGGUGUCCCUCUUUGUGGUCUGCUGGGUGUUACAGAUCGCUGCGGUGACAUACUACAACCACAAUAGGGGACAACAUGUGGAAGGGCUGCUGACCGUGGCCCAGUUUUCUGCCUCACUCUUUGGAGGAUUCAGUCCCAUGGUGGUGGCCCUGGGGCAUGGCAAGCUGAGGAAGCGAAUCAUGAGCAUGUUCCUGGGGUGGUCUAAAGCUCUUAAAUGUCACAGUGGGGACACUGAAAAGGGGAGAAAAUCACCAAAGACUAAAGGGAUAAAAAGGAAAGCAAAAAAACAUAUUUCUUCUCCAAAAAGAGAGGGAAGUCAUAAAAACAGUGAGAAAAAUUAA